AUGCGGAGCUGCCACUUCUUGGUUUUCUUCUGCAAAUGUAGCAAGGUAGGUUUUUUCAUUCCUUCUCCUCCUUUUUCUUCUUCUUGUUGCAGUAAGUUCAAUACGGGCAGUUCUAUCUAUCUAUCUAUCUAUCUAUCUAUCUAUCUAUCUAUCUAUCUAUGUAUCUUUUUUCAAAUUUAUCUUAAUAUAUCUAUACCUAACACGGGCAACGCAUACAUAUAUGCAGAGCUGCUUUAUAUACAUCUAUCUAUCUAUCUAUCUAUCUAUCUAUCUAUCUAUCUAAUUCGUUCUCUUCGUUAUCUCUCUCGAUAUCUCACUAUCUGCUUUGUCUAUCUAUCUAUCUAUCUAUCUAAUUCUCUGUUUCUAUGCGACAACUCUUUUGUGGGCACGUCCGCCUCCGACUUCCCUAUUUUUUGCACCUCGGACACCGAUUUCUCUAUUUUGCGCACCCCUAAAUGCGACAACACAUUUGUGGGCACGUCCGGCUCUGACUUCCUUAUUUUUGGCUCCUCCGACCCCGACUUCUCUAUUUUUGGCACCUCAAACUUCCACUUCUCUAUUUUUGGCACCACCGACUCUGAUUUCACUAUUUUUGGCACCUCCAAAUCCGACUUCUCUAUUUUUUGGAAUCUAACUCGGACUUCUCUAUUUUUGACACCUCCGGCUGGGACUUCUCUAUUUUGA